CCGUAAUCCGGUGGGACCCGGAAGGAAGGAGCCGGCGAGGGGCGGAGCGGAGGAGAGGAGAAGAGCCGAGCCGAGCGGCCUCGGGCUCCUGUGUUGGUGCCGGGCGGAGCUGAAGACGGACUGGCCCGGAUCCCAAGCUCUCGGUAGCGGAACCUGCAAGAUUUGGACAUGUCCUUUAUAUUUGACUGGAUUUACAGUGGUUUCAGUAGUGUACUACAGUUUUUAGGACUGUACAAAAAAACUGGUAAGCUAGUAUUCCUUGGUUUGGAUAAUGCUGGAAAAACGACUCUCCUGCAUAUGCUUAAAGAUGGCAGACUGGGUCAGCAUGUCCCCACACUACAUGCAACUGCAGAAGAGCUGACAAUUGCUGGUAUGACUUUCACUACUUUUGAUCUAGGCGGACAUACCCAAGCUCGCAGAGUGUGGAAAAACUAUCUGCCUGCCAUCAAUGGGAUUGUCUUUCUGGUGGAUUGUGCAGAUCGUGACAGACUGGCUGAAUCAAAGCAAGAAAUUGAUGCACUUAUGACAGAUGAAACUAUUGCUAAUGUGCCUAUCCUAAUUCUUGGUAACAAGAUUGACAGACCAGAAGCCAUCAGUGAAGAAGGGCUAAGAGAGAUGUUCGGUUUGUAUGGCCAGACAACAGGAAAGGGGAAUGUUUCAGUGAAAGAAUUGAACACCCGACCCUUAGAAGUCUUCAUGUGCAGUGUGUUAAAGAGACAAGGCUAUGGUGAAGGAUUUCGUUGGAUGGCACAAUACAUUGAUUAAUGCCAAAAUCACAUUAGUACAUACUAUCCCAAGCCUGUUCAUUAUUUGAUCUCUCAGUGUACAUAACUUGAACUCAAUAGACUUUGGUUACAAUAGCGUAUUUUUUUUAUUAUUGUAUCAAUUGUGUUAAAUUUUAAGUGUAAAGACUGAAAACGGAUUUUAAGCAAGUUUGUCAAUUUGGAUCUUGUAACAUUAGUCUCUAGUCCUAUAAAACCACUUUCUUUGGGGAUUCAUAGCUUGUCUCUUGUCUGCAGUCCUUUUUUGUGUGACAGUGACUUUCUAGCUCAGUAUGUGUUUUUUUUGAAUGCACUUUUUAACAGCUCAACUCUGCAGACUUGUUGGUCAUAUAUAAUGCUCAUCAUGUUAAAUUUUUAUGUACUUUUUUCAAAACUGGUUUUAUAAAUGUAGAGUGUAUAACCACCUCUCAAAGAAUAGUAAUGAAUCAGCUUACGGAUAAUUGCAUGAUGCCUUACAGUUUUCAACAAUAUACUUUCUUAUGCAACGUCAUGCAAUAAAACUAAAUCCCAUUUCUUGACACCUUUAAUGGGAAAUACUUCAUUUUAACGUGUCUUAACCUAGUAAGGAUGUCUUAAAAUGUGAAUAUGUGGGGUAGCUUUUAGAAAUGCAGUAUAAUUUCAGUGCACUGUAGAUUUUUAAAAUUUAUUUAUCUGAUUAUUUUUUUGCUGGGAAUUAAUCCAAUUAAUUUUAACCAUGUUUUCUGAGUAUCAACAUUCAUUCACAAUUCUCCACGUUGUACAGCAAGAGGUACUAUGAUCUCACUGUAUCAUAGUACUAGUGAAUGCCUGGAUUUCAUGCAGGAAUUUAAAGAACACAGGAAGAACAAAAGGCUUUGUACCCUGCUGCAUCCAUAGGUUAAACAGUGUUUUGCACAAGCUUUUGGGAUGUGGCAAAGGUGGAUAAUUUAGGAUGGCAGUCUAUUGGCCUAAGGAAUAGGGCAGUGUACUCUGCACUUAAGAUCUACAAGAUUUUCUAGAUUUUGUUCACUAGGUUGAGGCCUCUGAGUGUAGCUGUUAUACCCCCUACCUUGAGCAGUUUUUAUUCCUCUUGGAAGUGUUUGUGCAUUCUGUUAGUUGCUAUGCCGUGUUUGUUAUCUCUUAUCAGCCAGUACUCCCUAGGAAGGAGAUUCCAAGUUACCCAUUUUGGCUAUGAUACAAUGCUUUCUUUAAUGAACUGUUCAUGGGUUGAUGAAAUUGAUAGCCGUCGUGCAGAGAAGAAGCUUUGCAGUUACCUCAUUCAUGAGUAGGUACUACAUUGUGAUUUUUGUAAUAUUUUAGCAAAUGGAAUAGUUUAAGAUUCUUGGCCGAGGUGAUUGAUCUGGGGUACUACCUACAAAGGUAACCUGGCAGAGUAGACAUCUCCUUAAUUUGAGAGUCACGUGAGGAGCGGGGACUUGGCUCCUUCCUGUCACAAUAAACAAUUAUUGUGGCACCCGAACAUAACCUAUGUCAUGUAAUACAUCGAAUACUUAUUUUUGAAGUAUGGUCAGAGAUUGUUAUAACGUUGAGACUUGGAGGAUAGCUUUUCUAUGUAUCUAUAUCCGAGUGUGGCUGCUGCUACUUGGUACCUGAUUUAAACUCUGCUUACCACUGUACUAUGCAAGUAAAACCAUUUUAAACUGG